AUGGACUCUACUGCUCAAUCUUUGGUUGCUUCGGAGCUUAUCCCCACUCUGAAGCUAAAUGAUGGAAAUAGUAUCCCGAUGAUAGCUUACGGUCUAGGAACUGCAAACGUCAAGAAGGGAGGAAGCACCGAUUAUGACGAAAAGGUGGUCACCAACACGUAUACAGCCAUAAAGUCUGGUUUUCAUCACCUUGACGGAGCUGAAUUUUACGGGAACGAGGAGGAGCUCGGCGCAGCCAUACGGAAGUCUGGCGUCCCGCGAGGCAAUCUCUAUGUUGGAACCAAGCUCAACGGUGGCAAGAAGCAGGACGUACAGACCGCUUUCGAUACGUCGCUGGAGAAGCUUGGCCUUGAUUAUGUGGACCUCUACCUUAUCCACUCGCCUUUCUUCGCGGAAACGCCUGAGGAGUUACAGAAAGUCUGGGCAUCCCUAGAAACGAUCAAAGAGUCUGGACGGGCAAAAUCCAUCGGCGUAUCCAACUUCAUACAGGAGCACAUCGAGACCAUCCUCGCUACAGCAAAGAUCCCGCCGGCAAUUAAUCAAAUUGAGUACCAUCCGUAUCUGCAGCACGGCAGUCUGCUGGGAUUUCACCGCAAGGCGGGGAUUGCUUUAUCUGCAUAUGCGCCGCUGACGGCUAUCACACGUGCAAGACCAGGACCUGUAGAUGCGUUGUACACGGAGCUAUCAAAGAAAUACGGCGUCACUGAGGGGGAUAUUGCGUUGCGUUGGUGCAUUGACCAGAAUAUUGUGGCAGUCACAACAAGUUCGAGCGAGGAGAGAUUGCAAAGUUAUAUGGCAAAUGUGCCAAGUUUCAAGUUGACAUCUGAAGAAAUCGAGUCUAUCGCAAAGAUUGGGCUGCAGAAACAUUCCAGGGGGUUUCAGAACCAGUGGAUUGCAAAAGAUGAUUGGCGAUAA